UCACUGAGGUAAGAAAAACAACACGAGCCACAAACACAUGCACUCGCUGAUGGUCGGGUCAAGGCGGAUGACGUUGAGCAUCGCUCGCAACGUCUCAGAGUACACAGCUGGGUAGACAUCCCACUGCAUUGAAAACGAGCAUAUACACCAGUGAGACACACAGUACGUCCUUCUGUAUUGUAAGUGAACGUUAUCAAGUACCGAGACGUACGAAGGGUCUCCAUUCUUGCUUCCCUUAGGCGGGCGCCACUCCUUUGGCACCGUCUUCUCCCAGACGUUGUUGCGUGCAGACGUCUCCGCAAAGGCCACCUCUGCAACCAU